AUGUCUGCCAUGCACUGGGAAGCCCGACGGCGUCAGAGUGCUCUGGACCGUAAGACGGUCCAACACAAACAGCAGGCUGGUAGCGGCUCCGGAGCUACCAGGGGAUCUCCGCCUCUACCGUCAGGUUCUAAUAUGCCUGGAUGUGCGCCACGCUAUCAAGCACAGAAGCACUUUAGUUCGUGGACGACCUGCUCAAGAAAAAAAAGAAUGAAGACACAGCAACAUGGCAAUUUCCACAAUGACGUGAUACUACUCCCCAAUCCAUCAUGGGGAAUUGUGUGCAAGCAAGGUCCGAAAUUACGUUUACACAAGCAUGGGCACAUCCUCAGUGCCUUUGAAUUCCAGAAGGCCUGGGACUAUCAGACAAUUGUACAACACAUCAGAGAUGGCUUUGGUGGGCGCAUUCCAGAAGAUGUCAGCAUCCAGUUUUUAAUGUCUUGUGGCAAUAAGCUGGUGACCCCAAAACUCCAGGAGGGACAAGAGCUGAAUGGGAUAAUGUUCCAUAAGGUUUAUAAAUCCAAAGCCCUCUAUGUGAGACCAUCAACGACCCUUUUAACUGACAUGGAUGAUGAAAAUGAACUUUCCCACGCCACUACCAGAGCAAUGUCAGGUGACAGCGAUGAAGACUGUGUUGAAUUAGUUGGUCCACAAAUCCCCAUGGGCAGAAGUGGGCAGGCUACCACAAGGUCUGCUGCAAGGUUUGGCUGUCAUAGUGGUCACAGUGGAGAUGGCAACCAUCGCACUAAAACUGCUAAUGAAGACUGCAGUGGUGCCAAUAACAUUACCACCAGUACUAUCAAAAACUGCAAAACUACAUCUCAUAUGUAA